AUGUGCACCACGCACUUCUGGGGCCCAGUAUCCAACUUCGGUAUCCCCGUUGCUGCCAUAAUGGACCUUAAAAAGGAUCCUACCCUGAUCUCUGGCCCCAUGACCGGUUCCCUCAUCGUCUACUCGCUCGUGUUCAUGAGAUAUGCCACUGCCGUGACCCCCUGGAACCCACUUUUGUUCGGCUGUCACGUCGUCAAUGAGAUUGCCCAGAUUGGCCAAGGCGCCCGUUUCGUUAACUACUGGUACCUUGGCGGCAAGGACAAGGCCACCACUGCCCCUGCUGCUCCUGCUGCUUCUUCUGAGGAGAAAUAA